GCGUCAUUUACUGGGUACAAUAUCACGAUUACAACAAGACAAGUACAAGGAAUGUAGUUACAAUACGGAAUUCGAGCCUCAAGCGUGCUCGUGCUUGGCCACCUGCUCUCUAUAUCUCUCUCUCCAGUCUCCCACCUCCUUCAUCGCCCUGUCCAGAUAGCCGAUACGUCGAGCAAAGCGUUCCAUGUCCCGCCCGUUGUAGUAGUUGUGUCCGCCGCGCGGAUGCAACGGAGGCUCGACCGCGUCCUCGCUCAAAUCAACGUCAAAGAGGGAGUACUCUGCCAGCGCCUCGGGAACGCGGUAGAGGCGCCCUUGCACAAAGUAGUACGGGGCCCGCGCGAAAUGCCGGUAGCCAAGAGCCAGCGGCGGGAGGGCGGGUAUCCCGUCGUUGUAUAUCUUCACGGCGUACUCGACGAUAGACUCGCGCCCGUGCCUCCCGCGGCGCUCGGAAACAAGCGCAUUCCAGAACCCGACGAGGGUGUGCGUGCCGGACCGCGGGCUGCCGAAGCCGACCAGGCGGAUCGGGAUGCGGCCGAUCGGGGCGAGGCUCUCAUCGCGCAGGAGAUCGACGAGGAACAGCUGGGAGAGGGCGGCGCCCAUGCUGUGGCCGGUCACCACGACCUCCUCGACGUCGUGCUCGGCCAGGCCCUUGCGCAGGGCGUCCAACGCAGGCUGCUUCGCCCCCUGGUACAGCUUCCAGAACCCGGCAUGCACUCUGCCGUGCUGCGACGGAUGCUCAUGCAUCACGAGCUGGAGAUCGUAGAGGGCCUGGUGGGGGCUGGCUGUGCCCUGGAAAGUGAGGAUCAGCUGCUUGGUUUCCGGACGAUAUGCGCUGUAUCCCUGCAGAUGUGCUGUCUGCCCGAAGAAAGACGCUACCAGGUGCGACCCACGGAGAGCUGUGUAUUUAUCCAGCGGAAGGGUUGGUUCCAUGAGAGCAUCGAGAUUCUCGAAGAUGAAUUCGAGGGGGAUGGCGCUGUAAGCCACCUCCGCAAAUUGGCCUUUGGAGAUAGUUCAAUGGGGCUGCGAACAGAUGAGCAGAACGACACACCGACUUCAGAGCAAUAAUCCGACACUUCUUUCGGCGCCAGAUCCUUGGCAGACAGGCCGUGCGGUGCGCAAGUUGCAAAGAGUUUGGAGAUCCAACGAAAGUUCAUCAGCUUCUCCAUCGCGUACAU